AUGCCUCGACCUCGUCAACGACGCGGCGCUGAUGCCAAAAAGGAAGCCAAGCAGGUAAGCCAAGACCUACAACCCUCAGUCCCAGAGCUGUACCCGUCCUCUCCGGCGAUGCCACGGGAGGCCUUCGCAGCCAGAUCGCAGAUCGUACGGGUGCAUUCACCCAGCUCCCUUCAACCCAUCACGGGUCAUGGGUCACCCCCGGAGCAUGUUGAAAACAGUCACAUGACCUCAUCAGGAGCUUUACAUGACGCGGACGUGCAUCAUGGCACAGUCGUGGCCCCUAUUACCAGCUUCGCAGCCCGCUAACUCGCUUCUUGUUGUCGUCGUCGUCUCAACAGCUCAAGCGGGAGCAGCAGGAACAGGCUGCUCGAGCCCAAGAACUGGCCGAGAAGCGUGCUCGACACAAAAAGUCCGAGAUGCCUUGGACCGCACUGCCCCAUCGUGCCGUAGCGUCGACCUCGAAUCCAGCGAAUGGUCACUCCCAGGGCGAGGAUGGCCCCUCCGGCUCGGGACCUGCUGGGCCUGUCGAUCCCAAUGCUUUACCAGAAUGUGAUCCAGACACAAAGGCCUACUUUCAGCAAGUAGAUCAACAAAUCGCCGAGAUGGAAUCGUUGGGCGUCGGACGCCAGCACAGAGCCGCCGAGGGGGAAGAGGACGAGGAGGACGACCGACCUCUAUUGCUACGAUCGGCGUUGGAGUCCUUGUCCGGCAACGAGUUGGCGCUUGCAGGUGAUACAGAGACGAGCGUCAUUUUGGAGCGACUGCUGUACUCGAUGGACGACUUUGCGAAGAGGGUCCUCGCCGAUCGCUUCACGGGCAACUAUGAUCGACUGGUUCGACAUCAACGCGCCAGUCAUGUAUUGCAGACGUUGUUUGUGUUGGCAGGAGAAACCGUCGAUCGAGAAGUGAGUUGGCACCAUGCUGGAAAGGGUCUCGAGUCAUCAAUAUGGCCAUGCGACUGAUCAAAAGCUGCUCUUCUGGUGGCAGACCCGAGGCAUCAUCGCCUUGCCGCCGACAGCAUCGACAUCCUCGUCCUCGUUGCCGACCAUGUCGACCCUCAUCAUCUCCAUCAUCACCGAACUCGUGCCCGAGCUCCCAAGCCUCCUGUACGAUUCCUUCGGGUCCCACUGCCUCCGCGCCUUGCUACUCCUUGUAGCGGGCCAAGCACCGACAGCCGAAGGUCAAUCCGGUGGUGCCGAGCGAUCGAAGCGAUCCCUUCAGUUCCGCAAAGCACAAGGAUCGAUGAAAUCUUUCCUCGGACCGACCGAAGGAGCCGCCGAUUCGUCGACAGACAAAGGCAAAAAGACUCGCUCGGUGCCAAAAGAGUUUGACGACGCGCUCAAGACGAUGUGGACGACUUUGGAGGUGAUCGAGACCAACUCGGGCGUGUUGUCGUCUUCCUCGGCGGGUAUUCCGGGUGAUGGGGUCAGGAAAGCGGCGAUGGACGCGGUUGCGGGACCGGCGGUACGCAUCUUGAUCGAGUUGGAAGCCGCUCGACCCAAAGGGUGGCGAAUUGGCGGAUGGGCUGAUCGAGUCCUGUGCGGCCUGAUUGAAGAAGUCAAAAAACCCGACACUACGACCGAGGCGCGCACGAACCUUCGAGAAGAGUACCUCGGCGGUCUGUUGCGGCACCCCGCUUCGGCCCCGACGUUGGAAACGAUCCUGCAACAAGCCCCCGACCGCAUCGUCAAGGCGUUGUGGACCGAUUUCUUUGCCGGCAAACUGCAUCGCUUGGCCGGAAACGCCGUCGCCAACUUUGUCGUCGCUGUCGCUCUGUCCAGAUUGGACAAGGACCUCUUCGUCUCGGCUGUGGAGGAACUGAGUCGGAUUGCGAGGGAAAGGAGGGCCGAGUGGGUCGACAACUCGAGGACGGGGGUGAUGAAGAUGCUGCUCGAACGCGCUUCAGCCUUGGAAAGCGCCGAGAAGGAGGUUUCUGAUGUAUGUUCUUGUUUCGUGUUGUUCAAAAUACUUUGACUGACUCGGCCGGAUCAUCUCACAGCUCAUCCUCGACACCUUUGGUCUGCAUACACCGGAGGAACGGCUCUUGAUGAUUCCCUGCGUGCUCUCAUUGAACCGACUCGAGUACUACCGCAAGCUUCCCUCGCACGUCACGGUCGAACCUACCGUACAAGGCUCUCUACUGCUGCAAGCAUUUGCCCAACUACACGCCCCUCAUUCCCAGGCUCUCUACGACUCGUUGAGCUCGUUCAAAAUCGAGGCUCUGACCCCUCUGACGCGGAACCCGACCUCGUCGCGGCUGAUUGACGCCUUCCUCGACUCACCAACGACCCCACCGCGCGAGAUUCGCGGUUUCCUCCUCUCCCUGAUAGGGCACUACCACACUCUCGCCGACGACCGAAUCGGGUCGCGCCUCGUCGAACACUGCUGGGCCGUCGCCGAUGUCUUCCUCAAGGACAAGAUUGCCCAAUCCAUCAGCCAGGAGGGGCAAUUGCCAUUCUUGCAACAAUCGCCGUGGGCGCAUUUUUGGGCGAAAAAGUUGGAGUUGCCGUUGUGGGAACGGAGAAGGGAGGAUUGGAAGACCAAGAUGAGGCAGAGGGAUGUCGAGCUCAAGGGACUUAAGACGGCUUCCGACGCGGCAGCCGCUGCGGCUACCUCGGCCGCUUCGGCGGACGAUUCGAAGCGCAAGAAGAGGAAGAAGGACGAGGUCGAUGAGAUUUUCGAGACCAGGUUCAAGGGUAAGAAAUCCAAGGCUAUGACCAACGGGGAAGGUGGUGAGGCAGGUGGAGAAGCGUUGGUCGAUGUUGCGGCGAUCGAGGAGGCUUCGAAGCGGUCCGAGAAGGUCAAGAAGGAGCGCGCGAAGGAGAGGACGAAGGGCGCGCAUGAUGAUGGGCUCGACGAGGUGUUGGAAGCGCUCAAGAACGUGAAAUGA